AUGUCUGAGCUCAGCAAGAACUUCGAGACCCUCCAGCUCCACGCGGGCCACACGCCCGACAAGGAGACCAACUCUCGCGCCGUGCCCAUCUACGCCACUACUAGCUACGUCUUCAACGACAGUUCCCAUGGCGCGAGACUGUUCGGCCUCAAGGAGUUCGGCAACAUCUACACCCGCCUGAUGAACCCCACAAACGAUGUCUUUGAGAAGCGGAUAGCGGCGCUCGAGGGCGGCGUCGCGGCCGUCGCGACCUCCUCGGGCCAGGCCGCGCAGUUCAUGGCCAUCACCACGCUGGCCGGCGCCGGCGACAACAUCGUCUCGACCUCGAACCUGUACGGCGGCACCUACAACCAGUUCAAGGUCACCCUGCCCCGCCUCGGCGUCCAGACCAAGUUUGUCAACGGCGACAAGCCCGAGGACCUCGCGGCCGCCAUCGACGACAAGACCAAGGCCGUCUACGUCGAGAGCAUCGGCAACCCGCGGUACAACGUGCCCGACCUCGAGAAGAUCGCCGAGCUCGCCCACGCCAAGGGCGUCCCCGUCAUCGUCGACAACACCUUUGGUGCCGGCGGCUACUUCUUCCGCCCCAUCGACCACGGCGCCGACAUCGUCGUGCACUCGGCCACCAAGUGGAUCGGCGGCCACGGCACGACCGUCGCCGGCGUCGUCGUCGACAGCGGCAAGUUCGACUGGGGCGCCAACGCCGCGCGCUUCCCCUUCAUGGUCGAGCCGUCGGACGGCUACCACGGGCUCAAGUUCUGGGAGACCUUUGGCCCCAUCUCCUUCGCCAUCCGCGUGCGCGUCGAGCAGCUGCGCGACAUCGGCCCGUGCCUGAGCCCCUUCGCCGCGCAGCAGCUGCUGCUCGGCAUCGAGACGCUGAGCCUGCGCGCCGAGCGCCACGCCUACAACGCGCAGCGGCUGGCCGAGUGGCUCGAGAAGAGCCCCUACGUCGGCUGGGUCUCGUACCCGGGCCUGCCGAGCCACCCGUCGCACGAGAUGGCCAAGAAGUACCUCAAGCGCGGCUUCGGCGGCGUCCUGAGCGUCGGCAUCAAGGGCGGCGCCGCCGCCGGCAGCCAGGUCGUCGACGGCUUCAAGCUCAUCUCCAACCUCGCCAACGUCGGCGACUCCAAGACGCUCGCCAUCCACCCCUGGACCACCACCCACGAGCAGCUGUCUGACGAGGAGAAGGUCAGCUCCGGUGUCACCGAGGACCUCAUCCGCGUGUCCGUCGGCACUGAGCACAUUGACGAUAUCAUCGCCGACUUUGAGCAGUCCUUCAAGGCUGCCGAGGCGACGCGCACGAGCGGCAACGGCGACGGCGCCAAGGCGGACGAGAACAAGCACGAGGAGGCUCCCACCGUGGUUUAA